AUGGGUCUCCUUUUCUCGCUGCCGCUGGCAGGCGUUCUGGGAACAGUCGGCUCUUCAUGUCUCGCGGGCCUGGCAUUCUGCUUCACUUCCACGGCUGCGUCCAUGUUCUGCAAGUCAUGCAACUGCAAUUCAUCAAUCGCUACGCGCGUCGGUUUCGCUAUGAUAUUCGCCCUUAACUCGAUGCUUGCAUGGUUGAUGAAGUCACCCAUUGUGUACCACCACCUCGAGAAAUGGAGCUACGACUACAUCAAGAUGGAUUGCGACGACGGGAAGUGCUACGGUGUUCUCGCGGUUCAUCGCAUAUGCUUCGCCCUCUCUCUCUUCCAUCUGCUACUAAGCACGUCCCUGGUUGGCGUCCGGGACACUCGGGAUAAGCGCGCUGCGAUUCAGAACGGCUGGUGGGGUCCCAAGGUUCUCCUCUGGCUCGUACUCGUCGUGGUUUCAUUCUUCAUACCGAAUGGGUUCUUCAUGUUCUGGGGCAAUUACGUCUCUCUCAUUGGAGCGGCCCUAUUCGUACUCCUCGGUCUCGUUUUACUCGUCGACUUCGCGCACUCGUGGUCGGAGCUAUGCCUGGAGAACUGGGAGAACUCCCCGAAUUCGAACCUCUGGCAGUGGAUCCUGAUCGGCUCGACGGCAGGGAUGUACAUCGGAGCGCUAGUUGCCACCGUACUCCUUUACGUGUACUUCGCCGGAGACGGAUGCACUCUAAACCGCUUCUUCAUUACCUUCAACCUGAUCCUGGUCGUCAUCAUCACGAUCAUGUGUGUGCACCCGUACAUACAGGAGCACAACCCUCGCUCCGGACUCGCACAGAGCAGCAUGGUUGCUGUAUACUGCACCUACCUCAUCAUGUCCGCUGUGGGGAACCACGCACACGAGCAGUGCAAUCCACUUAUGAAAGGCUCUGCUGGAGCGGGUGCAAGGACAACUGCCACGGUUGUAGGCGCUCUGUUCACGUUCCUCGCUAUCGCGUACUCUACCACGCGCGCGGCUACGCAAAGUCGUGCUCUGGUAGGCAAGAAGCGUCGCGAGGGAGUUGUUGCUCUCCCAGAGGACGAUCAUGAGGUCGGCGUGGUGAACACGCAGCCGAGCCGCACGGAGACGCCGAGGUAUCAGGCGCUGCUUGCGGCCGUGGAAGCUGGCGCUAUCCCACCCUCUGCUCUGAAUGAAAUGAUGCAUGGGGAUGAGGAAGACGAUGACGAUGACGCGACUGGAGACGCUCGGGACGAUGAGCGGACGGGAACGCGAUACAACUACUCGUGGUUCCACGUCAUCUUCGUCUUGGGUGCGAUGUAUGUCGCGAUGCUCUUGACCGACUGGAACUAUGUCAAACCUGGACAAGAGGACGACGUGCACAUCGGACGCUCCGAGGCCGCCAUGUGGAUUCGCAUCGUGAGCUCCUGGGUUUGUAUGCUCUUGUACAUGUGGAGCCUGCUCGCACCAGCUCUGUUCCCGGAUCGCUUUGACGAUCUGUAG